CAAAAAAUAAAAUAAUAAAGAAAUCCGUGGCUGCAACCUCGCGAAGCGCACAGAACUGCGAGCUCCUCCUCCUGCCGGCUCCACUCCCGAUUCCUCCCCUCCAGCCGCCUCCGUUCGAUCUCCAGGGUCCCAACCCCAACCCCAAGCGUGCGUCCGGCAUUCGUCGCGAGGUUUGGUUUCAGGAUGGUGCUGCAUCUGACGUUCUGUCACUGAAUGUCUUACGGUAGAUGAAGUUGACGGCUACCGCCUACCGGGAGAUUCAUAUUUCUAUAUCCACAUUCUUGGCUGGGAGUUACUGUAAAUUUGAAUGCUAAGGAGGUCUCUUGUUUUUCUUCAGGGAAUUGCUAUGGAAUUCUUAACUGCAAGUUUUGCUCCUAGUUCAAGGAAUGCGGGAAGGGAGUAUAAAUUCACAUGUCAGAAUAAGUCUGUGCGCGAGAAGCAAUGGAUUCCGGGAAGGGUUUUAUGCUGUUUGGCCACUUCCACGAACCCCGGACAAUGUUGCAAGUUCACUGCUGUGGCGUAUCCUGUGAGCCCGGUUCCUGGAAGACGUUCACGCUGGAGAUCUUUUGCGGCAAGUUUGAAUUUAGAAGACGGGCCUGCACCCUCAAACUCAACACCAUCUUCAUCAGAGCAGACUAGUGAGCGGCUGACCUCUGACAAGUUGAAGUCUCUUUUGGCUGAUUCAGAACGAAGUAAGCUUCUGAGGAAGCUAAGUGAAGCUAAUCAAUAUAACCGGUUCCUCAAGAGACAGUCGCAAAUAAAGGAUGAUGCAGUUGUAAAGUUCAGAAGCGAACUUGCUGUUUUGGAACUUGAACUGCAGACUCUGGUUGGCCUAGCUGAAGAGAUUGCUAAUUUUGAUGUUCCAUCAGGGUCAAGGAAGAUAAAUGGAAAAUAUAUUCAGUCCCAUCUUCUCUCCAGAUUAGAAGCUGUUCACGACAAGGUUAUGUUACAGAUCAAGGAUGUUGAGUCUUUAAGACCUCGAGAAAUCGCUGUCUACUGGGUUGGCAUGGCUGAGAAUGUCCAAAUUAUGGGCUCCUUCGAUGGCUGGUCCUAUGGAGAGUCAAUGUCCAGGGAGUAUUCCGGGGACUAUGCGAGAUUCUCUGCGACCCUGAGGCUUAGACCUGGGAGCUAUGAGAUCAAAUUCUUGGUGGAUGGGGAGUGGAAACUGUCAUCGGAAUACCCGAUUGCUGGCGAGGGAUUGACACAGAACAAUAAACUCGUCGUGGCUUAGCACAUCGUGCUGUCUCUUAGCAUGGUGAGAAACAUAGUGGGACUGUACUCGGUUACUGCUGUGUGCUCUCCAGCAAAAAACAUGUAUGAAAUGCAAGCCCCCAUUGCCUGAUUAGGUGUGUAUGUUGUCUUUGUAACUUAGGAAAGGGUCCUUCUUGGGGUGUUGAAAUGCUAAAACUAGUAUGCAAAUAUUACUGCGUGUAAAAUUGUAUCAGUUUGUUCUUUCUCCUGCAAAGACAAACCCAGUUCCUGAUGAAUCAGCACAUUGAAGAUAUAUUUGUCAUCCUGAAAACCUUGGCUCAAAGAAAUAAAACUGUUCUUGCUAUUA